GCCUGGUCAGUCGUCGACAUUAUCUCGUCAGUCAGGGACGAGUCAGGUAACAUAGGACAGUAUAGAACUUUUCUAAGAAAUGUUGCUCUUUGUUGCUGUCGUAUUUGCAGUGUGUGGCCUAAGCUAUGGCCAGCCGACCUGCAAGACGUUCGACUUUGAGAUGCAGUCUGAUUUCAACAUGACAGCGUUCGAAGGAUUCUGGUAUGUAGUGUCGUCCAAACGGCCUGGCUCCGUGUUCUGGAACGCCAUCGCUGGAGAGACGAUGAACAUGCAGCUACACUUUACCAUGUUACCGUUCGGCAGACUCGAAGUCAUGGCCAGUCGCAGUUCUUCCCCUCAUGGCUGUUUCUACAGUAUCCAUUCGGCAGUACCUGUUCCAGGAUCAAAUCUGACAAAAUUUGACUAUCUACAUACACAGUAUAAACUCCCCGGAGACUCCAUGUGGGUGGUCAGUACGGACUAUGACGGAUACGCCGUCACCUACGGUUGUGACGAGGUGCUGCCCGAGUCUGGUUACUGUGAUCCCCAGCAAAGAAGCCGUGUAUACACUUAACAGAAAGCAAAGCGGCCAUACUGAGAAACAAGACGUCAACAUCGAAAACGCGCUGAAUUCUGUAUGUGUUUCGGCAAGAACCCUAAAACCCAUGAGGCAACUAGGGGAAUGUACAUUCGACCCUGAACACUUCCCCCCUCCAGCUGUGACUACUCCAACACCACUUCCACAAGAAGCUGGCUUACACAAUGCAGGUACAUGGGCAAAUUUGAUAAGGAACAUGUUUGCACAAAACAACGGAACCGGAAGUCAGGGGAACUUCAUGCCGAAUAUGGGUAGGGGAUUCCCAUUUAACACUACUGCAUUGAACGUUCCGCCAGUGAACCACGACAUCGCCACCCACAUGAGACAGUGGUUGAAUUUGUUUGGAAAAUAGUGAUAUGGUAGAAAUCAUCAUGAACAAUUAAAUUCCAUUAUGAACAAAUGUUUAAAUGUUGUACUCAAAAUGUGAAUGUCUUUUUUUUAAUACAAAUGUUAAUAUUUUA